UUCCUCUGUUUCAUUUUUCCCGUGUGCCACUACAAUGGUCAGAAAGCCUGUGGUGUCCACCAUCUCCAGUGGAGGUUACCUGCAGGGGAAUGUUAAUGGGAAGCUGCCUUCCCUGGGUGGCAAGGAGCCACCUGGGCAGGAGAAAGUGGUGCUGAAGAAGAAAAUCACUUUGCUGAGGGGCAUCUCCAUCAUCAUUGGCACCAUCAUUGGAGCAGGAAUCUUCAUCUCUCCCAAGGGCGUGCUCCAGAACACGGGCAGCGUGGGCAUGUCUCUGGUUAUCUGGACAGUCUGUGGGGUCCUGUCACUAUUUGGCGCCUUGUCCUAUGCUGAAUUGGGAACAAGUAUAAAGAAAUCUGGUGGACAUUAUACAUAUAUUCUGGAAGUCUUUGGCCCAUUACCAGCUUUUGUACGAGUCUGGGUAGAACUGCUCAUAGUACGCCCUGCAGCCACCGCUGUGAUUUCUCUGGCUUUUGGACGCUACAUUCUGGAACCAUUAUUUAUUCAAUGUGAAAUUCCUGAACUUGCGAUCAAGCUCGUUACAGCUGUGGGCAUAACUGUAGUUAUGGUCCUAAACAGCAUGAGUGUCAGCUGGAGCACCCGGAUCCAGAUUUUCCUAACCUUUUGCAAGCUCACAGCAAUUCUGAUAAUUAUAGUUCCUGGAGUUAUGCAGCUAAUUAAAGGGCAAACACAACACUUUAAAGAUGCCUUCUCAGGAAGAGAUGCGAGUAUUAUGGGGUUGCCACUGGCUUUUUAUUAUGGAAUGUAUGCAUAUGCUGGCUGGUUCUAUCUCAACUUUGUUACUGAAGAAGUGGAAAAUCCUGAAAAAACCGUCCCCCUUGCCAUUUGUAUCUCCAUGGCUGUCGUCACCGUUGGCUACGUGCUAACGAAUGUGGCCUACUUUACAACCAUCAGUGCCGAGGAGCUGCUGCUGUCAAAUGCGGUGGCGGUGACCUUUUCUGAGCGGCUACUGGGAAAUUUCUCAUUAGCAGUUCCGAUCUUUGUUGCCCUCUCCUGCUUUGGCUCCAUGAAUGGUGGUGUGUUUGCUGUCUCCAGGUUAUUCUAUGUUGCGUCUCGAGAGGGUCACCUUCCAGAACUCCUCUCCAUGAUUCAUGUCCGCAAGCACACCCCUCUGCCAGGAGUUAUUGUUUUGUACCCUUUGACGAUGAUAAUGCUCUUCUCUGGGAACCUCUACAGUCUUUUGAAUUUCCUCAGUUUUGCCAGGUGGCUUUUUAUUGGGCUGGCGGUUGCUGGGCUGAUUUAUCUUCGAUACAAACGCCCAGAUAUGCAUCGUCCUUUCAAGGUGCCGCUGUUCAUCCCAGCAUUGUUUUCCUUCACGUGUUUCUUCAUGGUUGCCCUUUCCCUGUAUUCGGACCCAUUUAGUACAGGGAUUGGCUUCAUCAUUACUCUGACUGGGGUUCCUGCAUACUAUCUCUUUAUCAUAUGGGACAAGAAACCCAAGUGGUUUAGAAGAAUGUCAGGUAAGACUUUUACACAAUUUCAGGACCUCUUGAGGGACCAUGUUGUGGAAAACCCAUCUAUUUGUACACCCACACCCCUUAAAGUUUAAAAAUAUAAGUAAGACAAUUGCUAGUUUAAAUACGUUAUUGCAUUUUAAUUAGAACUAGGAGAAGAAAAAGCAGGAAGGAUGUUUAGGGUACAGCCACUCAAUCCUUUCA